AUGAGACUCAUUACAAUUGUCGCUGCCACCGGUGCGAUCUUUGGCGUCAAUAUCAACGGGCUUGCUUGUAAAGAUGGCGUAAAGUACUGUAGCUACAGCCUCAAAAGCGGAGGUCAUUACUGGACGGAAGACGAGAUCUGGUCUCAGCUGCAAUGGGAGGGGCUUCCAGAAUGGUACACUAAGAACCACAUUGAACAUACAUUGUUCAAGUGCGAGGAUCACUGGUAUUGGUCGAAGGCUCACCUGUAUUAUGUGGAUUGGUGUGCGAAUCGCUGUCAGGAUGGUGGGAGUGGGAAUGAUGAUUCUUGCAGACCGCCUUCAAGCAAUUGA